UUCACCGCACGGCAGGCAUGGAUCUCCAAGGAAGAGCCGUUCUCAGCUGGAAUAGACUUCGAGUUCUCCUGAUGCUGUUCCAUACAAUGGCUCGAAUCAUGGCAGAACAAGAAGUGGAAAAUCUCUCAGGCCUUUCCACUAAUCCUGAAAAAGAUAUAUUUGUGGUGCGGGAAAAUGGGACGACAUGUCUCAUGGCAGAGUUUGCAGCCAAAUUUAUUGUCCCUUAUGAUGUGUGGGCCAGCAAUUAUGUUGAUCUGAUCACGGAACAGGCUGAUAUUUCGCUGACCCGGGGAGCUGAAGUGAAGGGCCGCUGUGGCCACAACGAAUCGGAGCUGCAGGUGUUCUGGGUGGAUCGCGCAUACACGCUCAAAAUGCUGUUUGUAAAGGAAAGUCACAACACGUCCAAGGGACUCGAGGCAACGUGGAGGCUGAGCAAGGUCCAGUUUGUCUACGACUCCUCUGAGAAGACCCAUUUUAAAGACGCAGUCAGUGCUGGGAAGCACACAGCCAACUCACAUCACCUCUCAGCCUUGGUCACCCCAGCCGGAAAGUCCUAUGAGUGUCAAGCUCAGCAGACCAUUUCACUAGCCUCCAGCGAUCCUCAGAAGACAGUCACCAUGAUCCUGUCCGCAGUCCACAUCCAGCCCUUUGACAUCAUCUCUGAUUUUGUCUUCAGUGAAGAGCACAAAUGCCCGGUGGAUGAGCGGGAGCAGUUGGAGGAAACUUUGCCCCUGAUUUUGGGGCUCAUCCUGGGCCUCGUCAUUGUGGUAACGCUGGCGAUUUACCACAUCCACCACAAAAUGACUGCCAACCAGGUGCAGAUUCCUAGGGACCGGUCCCAAUAUAAGCACAUGGGCUAGGGGCCACUAGGCAGGCAGCCCCAAGCCCCACUACCCCAGCCGGAUCAGGCAAAGAAACAAAAGCACUUUACCACCUUGUACAUGGGAUACACCAACAUAGCCACAACCUAACAGUCCUGGGUAUCCAAGGCUUGCUUGGCCAGCGUCCAUGCUUACACCCAGGGAUGGAGGGAUUUUUAGGAUUCACGGGGUGAAUGGCAAUUGUUCUCUCCAUGCUGGGGAAUGGGAACAGAGGAGGUCACUCCGCUUUCAUGUUCAUGGGGCUUGGCUUUGACUCUCGAAGGAGCAACAGGUUCGACUCAGAGGGGUAUCUAGACCCCAUACUUUACAGAUUAGAAAGACAUCCCUUUUGGGAAGACACCCCUUUAGGUUCAGAGGAAUAGGGGGUGCUUUGCUCCCCUGAACACAGUUGGCUUACCCUACACGAUUGUCAAUGCACACAAAAUACAACCUCAUGCUCCCUGCAGCAAGACCCUUGAAGGUGAUCCAUGCUUCUGGCUGGCAUUCUGCAUGUCUAGUGAUUGUCUUGGGAAUGUUUCACUGCUACCUGCACCCAGUGACUUUGCAGCACAAGAACAUGUUUAAUGUAACUAUGCAGAGUUGUUUGGACUUCAUAGUGUGCCAGGUCCAAAUACCGGGACCUGAAGAAUCAAUCAAUCCAU